UGUAGUACGUAGUUUACACUCCAUAUAUGUGUCUUUAAUUUCCCUCUGUACCGCAGGCAGCUCCAUUUUCAUCAACGGAACCGAAGAUGGGCAGCCAAUUUCCGUUGCCGCUUAAUUAACUAUAAUCAAUCCAUAUGUACCCAAGGCACCCUUCCGUGCCCUUCCGUGCCAGGAUUCCUGCCUAACAAUAUAAAAUAUUGACUCGAUUAUCACUUAGAAACCCAAGGGGGGAGAAAGGGAAAGCAGAGAGCCAAAGUAGCUGAUCCCUCAACCGAUACAUAUGACAGCUCCGAUUCUCUAUUUCAUCCCUUUUAGACCCCAGCCACACCAUGAUAUUUUAGAUUUGGGCUCCUGUCUUCUCCCUUUCGGCCCGCUCGUCAAUUCCCCGGGCCUUGAAACCCUAGCCAAGGGAUUGUCCUGUAACCUUCCGUUUUGCCCUGUCGUUUCAUGACAGGUCUGAUUGGGCUUCCAGAUGCGCCCUGGAAGGGAUGCAGUAGUCGUUUCGAUAGUUUCGGGGAUUUUCUGCCUGUCGGAUAAUGCCUUUGAUCUUUUCUUGUCAGUUUUUUAUUUUCAGUUUUUAUUUUUAAUUUUUUUUUUCCCUGCGCAAAAACCGGCUGAGGAUCAUUGUUGCGUGCAAUCCAGUUCAUGGUACUUUGGCUACAACCCUGGCCUGACGGAUGAACAGGGUUAUUGUUCAACCGUGAGGUUACAAUAUUUUCUUUUUUUUCUCGCUCCAGCUACCGGGAAGAUAUCCCAGUCUUCCAUGAGGACGAUCCUCCAUCCAUGAACCGGAACCUUCCCUAACAGGAACUACUCAGAUCGACAUCAGAUCCCGAGAUCCGGCCGCGUUACUUUUUGGGACACGAUUGACUGGGCCUCAUUCUCCACAUAGGGUAGUAGUAUCCUUGAGAUUGACAUGAACCCAAUGCGCUAUGUGCUGUAGUUCUGAUUGACAGCUCCGGGCUAACGCUUCGUGGUAUGGCUAGUGUGUAUAGCCGGGGUGGCAGAGCACCUAGGAUGUAUUUGCUGCAGUAGUAAGCGGUAGCGCGUACUCUUUCUACACAGCAUCCUUUUCU